UGGCACAAAGGGGGUGGGGCGCCGAGUGACCAAUGUUCCCACUCGGGUUUAGGGUUUAGAGUAGUUGGGGCUAAUUUCCGCUCGGUGGUGGCCGUCUAGAUUAAGUAGCCCUCAACUUUUUUCAGCCGACAGCCGUCGUCAUGUCCAACAACAAUGCCAGCAACAACUUAAUUACCGCUCAAAGGGCCGUGAAGCAGCUCCGGUUAGAGGCCAGUUUUCGGCGGAUCAAGGUGUCCCAGGCUGCUGCUGAGCUGAGGAACUUCUGUCUCCAAAAUGCCUCCAAGGACCCCCUCCUGGUCGGGGUCCCUUCCAGUGAUAAUCCCUUCAGACCCCCCAAGUCCUGUUCUCUGUUCUGAGCAGAAAGAAUGGAAGAGGAUUUCUGAAUUUACCCGUCGAAGGUUUUCUUUUCUUCUACUUGAUGUUGCUGUCGAUCGACCAGCAGCUCCUCUCGGGAUGAUGCACCAUGGGACUGAUGGGUUUGGGGGAAGGAACUGCUCCACUGGUUUGCCAAAUGUAAUGCUUUUAACUCCCAUCUGUUACAUUAAAGCAGGGCCAAACUCUACAUGUUAAAAA